AUGUCAGCGGCGGAGGUUAUUCUAUUGGCAAGAGUAGUCCUUAAUCAAUGGAGAAAUGCUCAACAAAGGAGAAUGGGGUCUUUACUUGUUCCUACGGGUUCAAGAAUGGACUUAGAGCAUUGGGUGAAAUCGGUUAUGAGAAAGAUUAAGGUUAAUGUCGAUGGUGCAAUCUUUGCAAAUGAUAGUCGAUUUGGAGCGGCAGGGGUGGCCCGGGAUCAUCAGGGUCGAUUCAUUGAAGGCUUCACAGUUUCGCGAGAGGGGUGUGUGGAUUCGGCUAUGGCCGAAUUGGUAGGGGUUAAGGAGGCUUUGAGUUGGAUAAAGAGGAAACAAUGGGGAUCGGUUGUGGUUGAAACCGAUUCUUUGGUUGUUGUUCAGGCAAUCCAAAGCAUGGUGAAUAUUCCUUCUCCUUUUGGCCUUCAAGUGGCGGCUUGUCGUUCUCUUAUGGCCGAUUUGUCGUUAGUCACAAUUAAUUUUGUUAAACGUUCUGUAAAUAAAGCUGCACAUUGUCUUGCUCGUAGCUCUUGUUUGUAUCCAGAUCGUAUUUUUAGUGAGGAUAAUGUUCCCGCUGAUCUUCUUUCUAUUGUAAUGGUUGAAUCUUCUUAUUAA